AUGCCACUCUAUGCCAAGUUCUUAAAGGAGCUCAUGACAAGAAAAAGGAACUGGGGUGAAAAAGAAACCAUAGUGCUUACAGAGGAAUGUAGUGCCAUCAUACAAAAGAAGCUUCCCCAAAAGAUGAAAGAUCCUGGGAGCUUUCAAAUCCCCUGCAUCAUAGGGGAUAUUAACAUUGAGAAAGCAUUGUGUGAUCUGGGAGCUAGCAUCAACCUCAAGCCCCUGGCCAUGAUGAAAAGAAUGAGAAUUGAAGAAGCCAAACCUACAAGAAUGGCACUUCAAUUGGCUGAUAGAACAUUCAAAUUCCCUUAUGGAGUGGUGGAAGCUUUGCUGGUGAAAGUAGGAGAGUUUAUCUUUUCAGCUAAUUUUGUUGUGCUUGAUAUGGAAGAAGAGGCUAACACAUCAAUCAUUCUAGGAAGACCAUUCCUAGCUACUGCUAGAGCCAUAAUUGAUGUUCAGAAAGGAGAGGUAGUCUUGAGAUUUCAUGAAGAGAAGAUGGUUUUCAAUGUCUUCAAAGCCAUGAGUUACCACAAGGAAUCCAUUGGUGAAUGCAUGAUGGUGGACACAAUCGAAAAGAUAGUUCAAGGGGUUUUGGAAGAAGAACAAUGUGAAGAAAUUGUAGAGCUAGAGAAACAAGCAUCUGGUGGAGAAAUACCACAAGAAACCAUGGAAGAUUCAAUCGUGUUGAACCAUACAAUUAACAAGGAAGUGGAAGCACCAAAACUAGAGUUGAAAACCCUACCUCCAAGCUUGAAGUAUGCCUACUUGGGUGACAACAAUACAUACCCAGUAAUCAUCAAUUCAAGCUUAACUGAGGGACAAGAAAAUGAGCUUAUCCAUGUGUUGAAGCAACACAAAAAUGCUAUAGGAUGGACACUUGCAUAUCUAAAAAGCAUUAGUCCAUCAAUGUGUAUGCACAAAAUCCUCCUUGAGGAAGGUUCCAAGCCCUCAAGACAACAACAAAGAAGGCUAAACCCAAUAUUGAAUGAAGUAGUCCAAAAAAAUACUGAAGUUGUGGCACGCAAGGGUGAUCUACCCAAUCUCAGACAGCCCUUGGUUAAGCCCAGUACAAGUAGUCUCUAA